CAAGCGUAUAAACAUUUUAAGAGUAUGUAGAACAUUGACAAAGGAAACCACAAUGAUCAACAAAACACCAAAAUAAUUCAACGAAUUAUGAAGUGGACAUAGUAUAUUUUCAUAACUGUUAUAAAAGUAAACAUCUGCUGUUAUCCCCGAUAUCUCGCAUUAGCUCAUCUGAGUCACGCAUUGCCCAUAUUCUGAUAAAGAACCAUCAGUCUGACAAAAUAGUAUAAUACGUAGAUGAAUGCGUUGAAUUCAACACCUUAAUAUUGCCACUUUCACAAAAUUAUACUUCUGGAAGACAUUUACAAAUGGCACGAUAUUUUAGAGAACAGGAUAUCGAUGAGUUUCGAGAAUGUUUUUACCUUUUUGCCCGAAGUGGCCAAAUUAGAACUCUGGAUGAGUUGACAAUCAUCAUGAGGUCACUAGGAAUGAGCCCAACAAUUCAGGAGCUGAAAAAAUACCUUAAAGAUAAAGGUGGCAAAAUGUCCUUCGCAGACUUCUUGGAUGUAAUGCAUAUUCAUAGUCGAGCAGAAGACUUGCCUCGUGAAGUGGUAGAUGCUUUUAAGGCAGCAGAUUCAGCUAAGAAAGGUACUAUACCUGCUCGUCAGUUGCGACACAUGUUGCUGCACUGGGGAGAACAGCUUAGUGCAAAGGAGGUUGAACAGAUAUUUCGUGAGGCAAAUGUCUCACCCGGUGGGCAAGUGCAGUAUCAAGACUUCGUGAAGAUUGCAUGUGCUCCUGUACCAGACUAUUACUAGUUAAAACAGAAUUGGCAGGUGUAAGAAUAAGUUUUUAUGAUCCUGACACAAUCAUCUUAAAAUGUUAAAGGUUUUAAUGUAUGAUGAUUUUGACUUGAAUCAUAAACUGUUCUUAUGAUGCUUUCUUGAUGUAUGUUCUACAAUGUUUUUAAAAAUUUACAAUUUCAAGGAUUAGUUUUCCGAGUGUUGGCAUAUUAUUUUUAAAUUAGAUUUAUUUUAACAGUAUUUAUCAUUCAUUCCAUGGAUAUGUAUUACUGUGAAGUGUUAUAAAAUAAUAUAAAAUCAUUAUGAACCCAUG